GCGGGGCCGGAGCGGGGCCGGGAGGGCACCGGGGCGGGACCGGGGCGGGACCGGAGCGGGACCGGAGCUCCCGCACCGAGCCCUCCGCCCCCGGGGGGAGCGGGCCCGGCCCUGACGGCGGCCCUCCCCGCAGCCUUGCCGCGGCUCACCCGUAUGGCGCGGCCCUGAGGGGAAAUGACCGACCAGGAGAACAACAACAGCAUCUCCAGCAACCCCUUCGCCGCCCUCUUCGGCUCCGUCGCUGCCGCCAAGCACUUCGCCGCCGUCCAGAAGCAGCAGCAGCUGCGGCAGCUGACAGGCGAGGAGACGUCCAUCAGCCAGGAUGACUCCGACAACAGCGUCUCCGAGAGCCUGGACGACUGCGACUACUCGGUGGCCGAGAUCAGCCGCUCGUUCCGCUCGCAGCGAGAGCUCUGCGAGCAGCUCAACAUCAACCACAUGAUCCAGAGGAUCUUCCUCAUCACCCUGGACAACAGUGACCCCAGCAUGAAGAGCGGGAAUGGGAUCCCGGCACGCUGCGUCUACCUGGAGGAGAUGGCUGCAGACCUGGAUGAGCAGGACUGGCUGGACAUGGACAACGUGGAGCAGGCCCUGUUCACCCGCCUGCUGCUGCCGGAGCCCGGGAGCCACCUGAUCCACAUGACCUGUGCCAGCAGCCAGAACCUGUCGGCCGACCGCGACGCCGGGGAGAGGCAGAUCCUGCGCUACCUGUACGCCUGCUUCCGCAGGGCCCGCGAGGAGGUGGGCGCGCAGCUCUGCCCCUCACUCGCGGAGGUGGGCGCGCAGCUCUGCCCCUCACUCGCGGAGAUCACCAAGGUCCCCGAGAACCUGCUGCCCUUCGCCGUGCGCUGCCGCAACCUGACCGUGUCCAACACCCGCACCGUGCUGCUCACGCCCGAGAUCUACGUCGACCAGAACGUGUACGAGCAGCUGGUGGACCUGAUGCUGGAGACGCUCAGAGGGGCGCAGUUUGAAGACAUGACCGAGUUCCUUGAGGAGGUCAUAGAAGCCUUGACGAUGGACGAGGAGGUGCGCACGUUUGGGGAGGUCAUGGUUCCCGUGUUUGACAUUCUGCUGGGGAGAAUCAAGGACCUGGACCUCUGCCAGAUCCUGCUGUACACGUACCUCGACGUGCUCCUCUACUUCACGAAGCAGAAGGACAUAGCAAAGGUUUUUGCAGGCUACAUCCAGCCCAAGGAUCCCAGCAAUGGACAGAUGUACCAGAAGACUUUGCUUGGUGCUGUUUUAAAUAUCUCCUGCUUGUUGAAGACCCCUGGUGUGGUGGAGAACCACGGCUACUUUCUGAAUCCAUCCCGCUCCAGCCCACAGGAGAUUAAAGUGCAGGAAUCCAACAUCCAUCAGUUCAUGGCCCAGUUCCAUGAGAAGAUCUACCAGAUGCUGAAGAACCUGCUGCAGUUGUCACCGGAGACGAAGCACAGGAUCCUCUCGUGGCUGGGAAACUGCCUCCACGCGAACGCGGGCCGCACCAAGAUUUGGGCUAACCAGAUGCCAGAGAUCUUCUUCCAGAUGUACGCCUCAGAUGCCUUCUUCCUCAACCUGGGGGCUGCCCUCCUGAAGCUGUGCCAGCCCUUCUGCAAACCCAGAUCUCCAAAGCUGCUAACCUUCAACCCUACCUACUGUGCCCUGAAGGAGCUGAAUGAAGAGGAGAGGAGGAGCAAGAACGUACACAUGAAAGGGUUGGAGAAAGAAACAUGUUUGAUCCCUGCUCUGAGCGAGCAAGAGCCGCAGUUUGCAAACAGCUACAACCUGGUGACAGAAAACCUGGUGCUCACGCAGUACACCCUGCACUUGGGGUUUCACAGGUUGCACGACCAGAUGGUAAAGAUAAACCAAAGCCUUCACCGCCUGCAAGUGGCGUGGCGAGAAGCUCAGCAGAGCUCCAGCCCCGCUGCUGACAGCCUCAGGGAGCAGUUUGAGCGCCUCAUGACCAUCUAUCUCUCCACCAAGACGGCGAUGACGGAGCCGCAGAUGCUGCAGAACUGCCUGAACCUGCAGGUGUCCAUGGCCGUGCUGCUGGUGCAGCUGGCAGUGGGGAACCAGGGCAGCGAGCCGCUGGAGCUGAGCUUCCCGCUGCCGCAGGUGCAGCACAGCGCGCUGGCCUACGUGCCAGAGUUCUUUGCUGAUAAUUUGGGCGACUUCUUCAUUUUCCUGCGGCGUUUUGCUGAUGACAUCUUGGAGACUUCUGCCGAUUCCCUGGAGCACAUCCUUCACUUUGUUACUGUUUUCAUGGGUGAUGUGGAGAGGAUGAAAAAUCCUCACCUGCGAGCCAAGCUGGCAGAAGUGCUGGAAGCUGUGAUGCCUCACCUGGAUCAGGCUCAGAGCCCGCUGGUGUCGAGCGUGUUUCACCGCAAGCGGGUGUUCUGCUCUUACCAGCACGCUGCCCACCUGGCCGAGGCCCUCAUCAAAGUCUUUGUGGAUAUCGAGUUCACAGGUGACCCACACCAAUUUGAACAGAAGUUCAACUACCGCCGUCCCAUGUAUCCCAUCCUGAGGUACAUGUGGGACACCGAUUCCUACCGGGACAGCAUAAAGGCUCUGGCUGAUUAUGCCUCAGAGAACCUGGAGGCCAUGAAUCCCCCUCUCUUCUUGCGCUUCCUGAACCUGCUCAUGAACGAUGCCAUUUUCCUGUUGGAUGAAGCCAUACAGUACCUCAGCAAGAUCAAAGUUCAGCAGAUUGAGAAGGACCGGGGCGAGUGGGACAGCCUGUCCCCCGAGGCUCGCCGCGAGAAGGAGUCCAGCCUGCAGAUGUUUGGUCAGCUGGCACGUUUCCACAACAUCAUGUCCAAUGAAACCAUCGGCACUCUGGCUUUCCUGACUUCAGAAAUCAAGUCUCUGUUUGUGCAUCCUUUCCUUGCCGAGCGCAUCAUCUCCAUGCUCAACUACUUCCUGCAACACCUGGUUGGGCCUAAAAUGGGAGCUUUGAAGGUGAAGGAUUUCAGUGAGUUUGACUUCAAGCCACAGCAGCUCGUGUCUGACAUCUGCACCAUCUAUCUAAACCUUGGGGAUGAAGAAAACUUCUGUGCCACGGUCCCCAAGGACGGCCGCUCCUACUCUCCGACGCUCUUUGCCCAGACCGUGCGGGUUCUGAAGAAGAUUAACAAGCCUGGCAACAUGAUAGUGUCUUUCAGUAACCUGGCUGAGAGGAUCAAGUCUCUUGCAGACCGGCAGCAGCAGGAAGAGGAGACAUAUGCUGAUGCCUGUGAUGAAUUCCUGGAUCCAAUCAUGAGCACUCUGAUGUCAGACCCCGUGAUCCUGCCCUCCUCCCGUGUCACUGUGGACAGAUCGACCAUAGCCCGACACCUCCUCAGUGAUCAGACAGAUCCUUUCAAUCGGAGUCCCCUCACUAUGGACCAGAUCAGACCAAACACAGAGCUAAAAGAGAAGAUACAGAGGUGGCUUGCAGAGAGGAAAAAGCAGAAGGAGGAGGAGCUGGAGGACACACUGAACUAAAGACAGGAUCUCAUCUCUAAACCUCCUGUCAUGGGCGAGAUCACAGCCAUGCAGGGGUGAUGGCUGGAGCUGCCACCCUGAUGAUGACCACAUUUAGUGCAUUGCCACCACCUUUGGCGUCUCUCCUCAGACCUUCCCUGCCAGCCCUUGUUCUCUCUUUUCCUUUCAAGACUCUCUCUUUAAUACCACGACUUCCCACUGCGCUAGAGCUUCGAGCCUCAGCCUCGGGAGAAGAGCACGGCCUCCUCAUGAUGCAGUGCCCUGGCUCUCUGUUACCUGCUCUUUGUGUUGGCCACGUUCUUCUCCAGCAGCACCAAAAGCCUCCCUCUGUUCUGUGUUUAAACUGCAGCCAUCUUUCACUCGGUGAAAGCAAUGCCUCCGGCCGCUCCCGGAGUGGGACGGGGGAUCAGCAGGAGGGGGACGUUUAUCCAGCUUUUAUGUGCCAGGGGUGUAGCAGGGAUUACUUCCCCAGUGAGUGUUGGGAAUGGCGGGCAUUGGAAAUUAAACACAGAGAUCAUCCUA